ACCUUAUUAACUGUUUCACAGUGUUGUGUCAGUAACAAAACAAACCUCUACUUCAAGCAAUCCCAAUUUUUUCUGAUCCAUUUUCCUUUUUCAAAUUUCCGCAAAUUCUUCUCAAAAUUUUCAUCUUUUCCGUAAUUAUUCAUUCGAUCCAAUCCAACCCAUUACAUUAAGAUUCGAUUCCACCCAAUCAGAUCAAUUUUCAUUUCUAGGGUUUUAAUCGGUUGCGUUAUUGGACAACACACUUUUUCCGCAAAAUGAUUGGUUUUUGAUCAUUGCAUUGUUCAAUCAAAUCUUUCUGGAAUUGAUUCCGUUUGAAAAAGAAUAUAAAAAUUAUUUUUUUUUUUCUGGGAUUUAUCUAUUCAAUUUAAUUUUCCCCUUUUUGAUUUAUGAUUGUGAUGCAUGAAUCUCGUUGCAAGAUUCUAGUGUCAUUAUGUUUAGAUUAAAGAAAAGUGAAAACUUUGCACGGUUUUUGUAUCAGAAAACUCUGCACAAUAUGGCUUAUUCAAUAGGCUAUGAUCCUUGUUCCCAUUUGAGCAAGGUUUGUGCUAAUAAUGUUUUUGGGGUUAGUAGAAGAAUUGGAUUUGGAAGAAAAGGCUGUGGCUUUUAUACUAGUAAUAGAUUCUUUGUGAGCGCUAAUGCGAGGUCUCGUGGCUUUGCGUCGGAUUUGGAAAAAGGGAGUUCUGUUGGUGGUGAUGCUACUCUUGUUAAGGUUGACCAUGGAGGACUAAAUGGAAGUCCUGACAUGCCUCGUUUCCGGGAUCGACGUUUGUCUGAGAAAGUUGUUGUUGCUGUUGAUGUGGAUGAGGUAUUGGGAAACUUUGUGUCGGCUCUCAACAAGUAUAUUGCAGAUCAAUAUUCAUCAAAUUAUUCAGUUUCUGAAUAUCAUGUGUACGAAUUCUUUAAGAUAUGGAACUGUUCGCGUGAUGAAGCUGAUAUUCGCGUUCACGAGUUUUUUAAGACUCCAUAUUUCAAGUCAGGGAUUCACCCUCUCCCAGGUGCUCAGAUGGCAGUUCAAAAGUUAUCAAGAUUUUUUAACCUAUCAGUUGUAACGUCUCGGCAGAAUGUAAUUAAGGAUCACACAAUUGAAUGGAUAGAGAAGAAUUUCCCAGGACUGUUUCAUGAGAUUCACUUCGGUAAUCACUUUGCGCUCGAUGGAAUAUCAAGACCAAAAUCAGAGAUUUGUAGGUCUUUAAAUGCCAAGGUUCUUAUCGAUGAUAACCCGCGGUAUGCCAUAGAGUGUGCUGAUGUCGGAAUUAAAGUCCUACUUUUUGAUUAUGAAAACUCGUAUCCUUGGUCCAAGAACAAGUUAGUUGAUGAGCAUCCUUUGGUGACCAAAGUUAAGAACUGGAAAGAAGUGGAACAACAAUUGAUGUCACUGAUAGCUUCAAAAUAGUCUACAACAAAUGCUGGACUAGUUCAUGUUUUUGAAAUGUCUUAACAUAUAUAUUCUUGAAGUUGCUGCAAGAAGAUGACUAGCUAGAGGAAUGAAUGACACAUUCAUAUUCUUUUCCCAUUUUGAGCAGCAUUAAUGAAGAUUGGAACAAGUUGUUCACUAUGGUGGAUAUUCUAUUGAUUUUAUUACUUUAUUGAUUACUAGGCAAGUGGAACCUAAAUGAUGAAUUUACAAGUGGAACCUGAAUGUUAUGGUUGCACCAUGUAAUGACUCAAACAUUGAUAAAAUAAUAAUGUAUGACAUUUGAUAUACUUUUUGAUAUGGUUUA